AUGUCCCUCAAGGUCCCCCGCGCAGGAGGUCCAGACCUCUUCAAGGCCGGUUACAAGCACAUGUCCGGCCUCGAGGAGGCGGUGCUUCGUAACAUCCAGGCUGUCGGCGAGCUGAGCGAGAUUGUGCGGACGUCGUUUGGUCCCAAUGGCCGCAACAAGCUCAUCAUCAACCACCUCGGCCGUCUCUUUGUGACGUCUGACGCCGCUACCAUCAUCCGCGAGAUCGAGGUCGCGCACCCUGCCGCCAAGCUCCUUGUCAUGGCUUCCAACUCGCAGGAGUCUGAGAUGGGCGACAGCACCAACCUUGUCCUCAUCCUUGCCGGCGAGCUGCUCAAGCGCUCCGAGCACUUGCUCACCAUGGGCCUCCACCCUUCCGAGGUCAUCCAGGGCUACGAGAUGGCACUUGCCAAGGGCCGCGAGGAGCUCGAGAAGCUCGUCUGCUCCACCCUCGCCCCUUCCCCGCUGCCUUCCAAGGAGGUCCUCGCGUCGGCCAUUUCGCCCGCUCUGGCGUCCAAGCAGCCCGGUAACGAGGCCUUCCUCUCCGACCUCGUCUCCGAGGCCGCUCUUGCCGUCAUGCCCAAGAACGUCAAGGACUUUAACGUCGACUCGGUCCGCGUGGUCAAGAUUCUCGGUGGUGGCCUGAGCCAGUCGCGUGUUGUUCGCGGUAUGGUGUUUGGUCGCGAGCCCGAGGGUAUCAUCAAGAGCGCCAAGAAGGCCAAGGUGGCCGUGUACACUUGCGGUCUGGACAUUGCGCAGACUGAGACCAAGGGCACUGUGCUCCUCAAGAAGGCGGACGAGCUGCUUGACUUUACCCACGGCGAGGAGAAGCAGCUCGAGGGCUACUUCAAGGAGAUUGCCGACUCUGGCGUCAAGCUCAUCAUUGCCGGCAGCGGUAUUGGCGACCUGGCCCUGCACUACCUGAACCGCAUGGGCAUUGCCGUCGUCAAGGUGCUGUCCAAGUUUGACCUGCGCCGCCUGUGCCGCGUGUUCGGCGCUACCCCGCUCGCCCGUCUCGGCGCCCCCACCCCCGAGGAGGCCGGCAUGGUCGACGUGUUUGAGACGAUUGAGAUUGGUGGCGACCGCGUCACCGUCUUCAGGCAGGAGGAGGGCGAGCGCACCCGCACGGCGACCAUUGUCCUGCGUGGUGCCACCGCAAACUACCUCGACGACCUGGAGCGCUCCAUCGACGACGGUGUCAACAACGUCCGCAUCAUCCUCCGUGACGGCCGUCUCGUUCCCGGCGCUGGUGCUUCCGAGAUUGAGCUCGCAGCCCGCGUGGCCGAGUACGGUGCCGUCACCCCCGGUCUCUCGCAGCACGCCAUCACCCGCUGGGCCGAGGCCAUGGAGGUCGUGCCCCGCACGCUGGCCGAGAACGCCGGCCUGUCGGCCGAGGACGUCGUCUCGGCCCUGUACGCCGCGCACGCCGCCGGCGAGGUCGACUCCGGCGUGGACAUUGAGGCCGAGCAGCCCCCCGCCGUCCGCCGCGUCGCCGAGCCCGAGUCGGGCCGCCUGCCCGUCCUGGACGCGUACGCCGCCAAGGACUGGGCCAUCAAGCUCGCCACCGAGGCCGCCAUCGCCGUCCUCCGCGUCGACUCGAUUAUUGUCGCCAAGCAGGCAGGCCUCGCCCCGCCCAAGCAGCAGGGCCACUGGGACGAGGAUUAG